UCCGCCCGUUUCCUUCCUGGACGAAACUAUAUCCCCUACCCUUCCACCCAGCUUCUCGGCCUCAAUAUGAACAGCAGCAAAGCGUCAGCAAGUGCUGCGAGGCGACCACCAUGAAUACUGCGACUGGAAUACUAUCAUCUUCGUCAUCUACCUUUUUCAACUACAAUCGAUGUCACCGAUUUGUCAUCUCAUCCCUUACUUCACCUUAUAAAACCCACAUUCGAUCUUCUUGGAAAAGGAGGGUCUGGAGGAGCAUGCCCAUGAAUUCAUCACCACCUUCGUCUUCGUCUCUUUAUAGCGGUGCAUCCGCCACCAAAAUUGAGCCUGCUGCAUUAUCGUCGGUUGCCGCAGGACUACAGACGUUUAAGCCGUCAAAGCAACAACCGUGGCUGAUUGUAGGUCUUGGAAACCCUGGAAAGUUGUAUAACCGCACAAGGCACAAUGUGGGUUUUGAGAUGGUAGAUGCAAUAGCAGAGGCUGAAGGUAUCUCCAUGAGCAAUGUUUCCUUCAAAGCUUUCUUUGGGAAAGGGUGCAUUGGAAAUACUCCAUUGAUGCUUGCCAAGCCACAAACUUUCAUGAAUGUUAGCGGGGAGUCUGUUGGAGCAAUUGUUUCUUUCUAUAAGAUUCCACCAAAGCAAGUACUUGUGAUUUAUGAUGACUUGGAUUUGCCUUUUGGAAAGUUGCGUCUAUUACCAAAAGGUGGACACGGGGGACACAACGGGAUGAAGAGUAUAAUCAAUCACCUUAAAGGCAACCGUGAGUUUCCCCGUUUAAGAAUAGGUAUUGGGAGGCCUCCAGGCAAGAUGGAAGCUGCAGCUUAUGUUCUUAAACGAUUUAACAAACAAGAAAGUGAGGAGUUGGAUUUCACCUUUCAAACUGGCAUCGAAGCAAUUCGAAUUCUUUUGCUCCAAGGUUUCGACAAGAGUGCUACAUUUGUGAAUUCUCCAAAACCCUUGAAACAUCUUCAAUGAAGCAAUUGUUUCUCCAAUCAUUGGUGACUUAUUUUUGACAUGCAUAGGUACAAACAGGAUUGCUUAAACAACCGUAGACUAGCCAUUUGAGCAUUCUUUGAUUAAAUUUAUACAACUAGCCAUUUGAGCAUUCUUUGAUUAAAUUUAUACAAAAAUGUUGUAAUUGAUAUGAUAUAACUCAUGUCCACAUGAGGCCAAAAAAUAUUUUGGAUUAA